UUGGUUAUGUCGUAGUAAAUGUCCGUGAAAGGAACGACGCCCUAGUCCCGACAAUAACGUCCUGUAGUGAUAAGGCCACGGACUGAGUUAAGAGUCCUACACCUGUUUUUAUUCUCUCUCGCACGCGUAUAUAUAUUCAAUAGCAGUUUGGGAUCGCGGCUCAGAAAACACUUGGACGUGGCAGUUGCAUCAUACAACGGCGACAUUAACGCCCAAUCAUUUACGCUAGAAAAAAUGAGGCUGUUGAUCGGUUUUGCCUUAGUUUCGCUCGCAGUGGGAUCGACGUUUUUCCCAACAGAAAAAGAUGAAGUGGAUUUGGUGCCUACCAAUCAAAACGAUAAGAUGUCAGGUCGCAUCGCUGUCCCGCCACCAAACAAUCUCCCUCCGAAUCGAAACGGCGGCAUCGUUAAUGCAGCUCCGAUCCUCAACCCUGUUGCGGCCCCAAUUGUUAACACAGGCCCCGUCGGCGCACUUGUGAGCGGCGGAGCUUCACAGGUGUUCUUUUCGCCUGUCCGCAUCAACAUAGACCAGUCGUCGCAACUCUACGUGCCACCUGGAACAGACGGCCGCAUUACAGUAUUGCUCAAGAACGACGGCGUAGGAGACUUUUUUCUUCUCAGCGGAGGCGACGACAAAAAUUUCUUCAUCCAGUUCGACUAUGCCCAGAUACAAUUGGGUCCAGGUCAAACGUUAGCAGUUCCCGGUAGAAUUCGAGUGCCCCAAUAUGCCAACAAUGUCGUUUCUACACUUACAAUCAUUGUUCAGAGAAGGACGGACAACGCUAUUUCACGGAGACAAGUUUACAUUCGCACGAAAUCUGAGCCAGGAGAAAAGUGGGCCCCAUGGUGUACAAUAAGAACGGUGACUCGGUGUGACAGCUAUUUGGAUGAGUCAAUUUGCGCCAGCCGAUACUGGAACAUGAGAGCGGAAAUUCAGGACACAGAAGCAGGUCUAUUGUCAGUGAGCAUCAAACCAGAUGGGCGCUUCCUAGGGGAGGAUUUUCCAGUUGGAACUAACGACUCGAUUGCAGUGGAGCAAAGCGUCUCCUGCUGCACCACUGGUGUCGACAUCACGGCAGUUGACGUUCGCGGGAACACGGUUACAUGUCGAGCCGAUCAAUCAGAUUCUAUUUAUCUGAGCUCGGGAGAUGUUGCUGCCAUCACUCUUGGGGUUUUGCUACUGAUUCUUCUACUAGUCAUCAUCAUUCUCGCCAUUUGCAGGUGCUGUCGACGACGGAAGGAAAGGUCAAUCAAAACAGCACCUAUUCCGAGGAGUAAGAAGGAUCAAGCAUGACUAGCACGGUUCAGUCCUAAAAGAUCAAAGCCCAAGGACAUUUCCAUUACUGUUACAACAGUUGGUGACAACUAGUAAAUUUAAUUUUACAAAAGGGCGGAAAUCGGAAAGUACCAUCCACAUUACACAAUUGAAUGUAGGGACUGAACCAACUAUGGGUGGAGGCUCACUUCAUGUCUAAAAUAUUACUUUAGGAUAGAAAGACACACAACUGUUGGUGAGGAACAAUCAUAAGGAAAAAAGACGUCAAUGUUCAAUUUCAAACAAAGCAUCUUUUCAUAAAAAAUAAUUCUAAAAUAUAUAUUUCUUUUGGAAACAAGUAGGCACUUGCCCACAUAAUAGCAUAGCUUAACAAAUUAUCUCGUUCAUGUUUCUUUCUGAAUUUGGUUAUCGGUAUAAAUCAACCUAAUUAUUCUAAGAACACUGUGCCUUUUUGUGUAGAAAUUUAAAAAUGUCAAGGUAGUUAUUAUUGUUUCGAAGAGGAUGCAUUUAUCCCUCAUUGCUGAGUAUAGCUUAGUCACCUCAGAAAGUUUUCUUUAACGGUCGCCUUUCAUGACCUUACGGUGAGCUAUCAAAGUGCUAAUGAAUGUUUGUUAAAUGA